GCGCUUCAUCUUAAAAGGAAGCGUACGGACGUUUCACCAAAUAUUAAAGUUUUUAGUUUGGACGCGUUCGUGGGUCUUUGGGGAAGACUGAAGGCACCUAAAGAGUCUCCUACCGGCCGGUUUGGACGUUAAGAAAAGCGGAGUAACAUUUGCUUUUGGCGCAGGAGGAUUAUGCUCUGUGGAGGACUCGGAUAACGACUGUGAGAUCCGCGUGGAGAGGGGGAGAUGUGGUGGUUCCAGCAGGGUCUGUGCUUCCUGCCCGCCGCGCUGGUCGUCUGGACGGCGGCGUCCUUCGUCUUCGCCUACGUCACGGCGGUGGUGCUGAGACAUGUCGACCCCCUGGUGCCGUACAUCAGCGACACGGGGACCAUGGCUCCAGAGAGGUGUGUGUUUGGCAUCAUGCUGGACGUGUCGGCCUUUUUAGGCAUGUGCACGGUGUACGUGCGCUACAAGCAGGUGGAGGCUCUCACCGCCGAGGACGAGCUGAAGCUCCACAGGCUGAACCGCCUGGGGCUCUGGCUGGGCCUGGUCAGCUCCUUCGGGAUGUGCGUGGUGGCCAACUUCCAGAAGACCACCCUGUUCUCCGUGCACCUGCUGGGGGCGGUGCUGACCUUCGGGGUGGGGGCGCUCUACAUCCUGGCCCAGACGCUGCUCUCGCUCUACAUGCAGCCGCGCGUCCACAGCCGGGCCGCCUACCUGGUCCGGCUGGCCGUCGGACUGUGGACCCUGGGGAGCAUCAUCAGCAUGUUCGUGUCGUCGGUCAUUAUGUACAGCAGCCUCAAAGGAAUCGACGUUCCCCGAAAACUCCACUGGACGCCGGGAGAGACGGUCAGCCGCCGCCGGGAGCAGCCGGGUUACACGGCCCACAUUAUCAGCACGGUGUCGGAGUGGUCUCUGGCCUUCUCCUUCAUCAGCUUCUUCCUCACCUACAUCAGAGACUUCCAGAAAAUAAACCUGCGUGCCGAGGUGGACCUGAAGAGCAGCCACCUGUACGACGGCCCCCACGGAGGCUAUGCGGCAGCUCGACUAAACGCCUCUGAAACCUCGCCCCUGCUGGCGGGAACAACGUGACACAGCGUGCAGCCGGCACACUACUGCUUUUAGAGCAGUUUCUGCUUCUGCCUAAUCACUAUUGGUGCUGAGCGUCUGAGGAAUGACCCUCUUAAAGGGUCAGAACACCCAAACGUGUCCUUCCUCUUGUUUAUACGUGCUCAAAUAUUCAAAUUCAGCUCAUUAGGCUUCCGUUCUCACUCCUCUAACAAAAAAUGGAUGAAAACUUACUUUGUUUUUUAAAAAGAUGAUGGGGGGGGGGGUAGUUUUUCUCUCCUUUUUUUGUUUUUAUUGACGACCCAGAGAAUCCAAACAAGAUGCUUUUGCACCUAUCGCUCAAACUCGUCAGAUUCUCUGCACUUUACGUCCUUUUCACAGCGUUAACUGACAAACUCCCACCUGUGAGCCCAGGGCAAACUGAAGUUGUACAGAGUGGUUUCAGAUUCAGCAUUACUCUAAUUCCCAUCAGGGUAUUUUUUUCUUUUUCUGUUUUUAUCUGGUGGUUUGCGGGUUUUAAAUAGAACAAGAGCAAUAAUCCUGGGGUUAGAAAAACCAGGAGAAAACCUUUUGGAAAACCUGUGGAAGGAUCUCAGUCUGGCAGCUUCUUGAUCGAAUCGGCUCUUACAGAUGCAUUACGUUAGUUAACGGGAGAAAAGAAAAGCCCCAACAUUAUGAAAUCGGCCAAAUAUUUUUUCCGUCUCAUAAAUGACUCCCAUUAACUUCCACUGUACGAUCCUCUUUAAGGCUCUCUGUUAAUGUGUUUUUUAAUGUGUGGGGAGGGGCAUGAAAAUGUUUUUAAAAAAAACAUUUUUCAGUAACAGACAUUGGUCGUCUAUAAACUCUUUUUCAUGGACAUCUUCUGAAUGGGUGUAAAAACCAUUGAUUUUUCUAUAUAUAUAAAUGGUGUUGAUUGGGACUAAAGUGAGUGAAGAAAAUCAACCUCCACCUGACCUGAUUCUGUUCUCCAGAUUUGUCUUUUUUAUUUUACACAUAACUGACAUGAUUAACAUCAGAGGAAUUCUUCUGAGAACAUAUUAAAGGAAAUGAUCUUAUCAGCUAUAAAAGAGCAGAUUUAACCCGAAGCUUUUCCUCUGCACUGCAGUACCUUCUGGCAGCUGUUGUACAUAAACCCUGUUAUGUCCAAUAAAGACGUACUUUCUAUUUGUAAUGUGCUUUUUCUGUGUCUGUACCCACAUCCUCUAACAAAAGACGACUCAGUUCCGUUUUUCCCACAAAAUAUUUUAAUA